AUGGCCGACAGAACUCGAUCCCCUUGGCUACCUAAUUAUACGCCUUCGGAUGACCCAGAUCAAAGUGCAAUAACCAUAAAGUUGUGGGAAUAUUUUUCAUCCGCUGCUGCCGGCGUCUGCCAGCUGUAUAAAAGCAAGAUUGAUCAAUGUGCUGAUUUCCAGUGUCUCAUGGACGCAUUAUCUCCCAUGGACCAAUUCUUUCGGGGGUCACAACUCUCCAUCGGUGCAGCUACUCGUAAUGGCAAGGUUAUGGGUACCCGAUGUGUACGACUGCAGCUUCGAGAUUUAGCCUAUGCCAGUGCUCAGACACAUGCGACCGAGAACGGUGUUGAAGUUUUAGUGCCUUUGGAUGUACUCCUCGCUCAAGAACUAGGCCGGCGUGCACACACAUCACUUGGUAUGUUAGGAAAGCGACGCUUAACAUGCCAGUCCCGUUGCGGUCGUACUGCUUAUCGAAGAUGUCGUCACAAGCGCAAGCGUUUUUGCCAGCGCUCACCAGUGUUAUCGAUGGGCCCCGGGCUCAAUUCGUCGCAGACGGAUUACCCCGCAAACCAUGUCAAUGGAUACAGCAGUCAAUAUAUCGAAGCACCGUUGUCAUCAAAUGAGUUGGAAGUCCCAAGUUCCAAUCCUGUAUGCCUGGAUUGUGAGGAUCCGAGGACCACUCACUGGUUGAAACCUAGAGGCGGAACUCGUACGAACCGGAGACGGCGGACUCAUGACAACCUAGCACAGUAUUCUUCGCCGCUACACGACUGUGUUCUGUCUUGUGAGACAGACCGCUAUCGUGCCUCACUUAGUCAUGGGUCUUUUGAAAUGUUCCAAGACGCUGUUCACAUGGCCAACUUGCUGGACCCACUUUCCAAGUUUUCGGUAACCACGGAGCAAGAGGACACUGGCGAAGCAGCUUGUAAACGCCUACGAAAAGACUCAUUCGUUAACCGUCCGAUAAAUGGGCAACCUCGUCCGGAUUAGCUGUGUACACCUCUUCUUUUGUGACCAGCGUUCAGACUGAUAACUCAUGUGAUUUAGUCCAACCUUACCGUAUUUCUUGGGUUGUUCCGGAGCGGCUCAUUUAUUCCUGUACAGUCGCUUUAUCAAGAUACCUCAAAUACCCAUCUGUUCACAAAGUCUGCUUAUUGUUUGCUUGGUCGAUUGCAUUCGCUUGAAAAUAGAAUGUUAUUCACAGUAGUGUUUCACUGUGAAUGUAAU